AUGAAGGAAAUAAUAACAAUUCAUGUCGGAGGGGCCGGAUGUCAAAUAGGCGAUCAGUUGUGGGAGUUAUAUUGUAAGGAACACGGUAUACAACGUGCUGCAGAUCAUCAUACCAAUAAUACAACCUCCAUGAUGGAAUCAUCAGCUGCCUUUUCAUCAGCAGAGAGUUUGUUCUAUGAAACGAGUCAUACAGAAAAGCAACAAUAUGUUCCAUUGGCUAUCUUUUUCGAUAACGACUCAUCAAGAGUGCACGAAUCGAGGAAGAGAUUUGGUAACUUAAUGUCCUCAGACAAUAUGAUUGGAGGUAAGGAAGAUGCUGCCAAUAAUUUUGUGAGAGGAUGCUACACGAUUGGAAAGGAGAAUAUGGAUACAGUCUUGGAGAGGAUUAGAAUAUUGAGUGAGAAGUGUGAUAGUUUGCAGGGAAUUAAUGUUGUGAACUCGUUGGGAGGAGGAACAGGCUCUGGAUCAGGAACAUUAUUGCUUGAUAGAAUGAGUAUAGACUUUGCAAAGGUUCCAAUUCAUUUGAAUACUGUUGCACCAUCUCCAAAAUUGUAUGAUACAGUUGUGGAACCAUAUAAUUUUUGUUGGGCUAUGGAACCAAUGUGUGAAAAGGGAUGCACAGCAACUUUUUAUGAUAAUGAGGCCUUGUACAAUGUUUGUGGAAAUCAUUUGGGAAUUAAUGAUCCGAAAUUAGCUGAUAUUAAUCAAAUUAUUGCACACCACAUUUCCACAAGCUUUUCCAGUUGUAGAAUUGGAUCUAAUUGUGCAAUGCCUGUUUCAUUUGGAGAUGUAAAUCAGACACUUGUUCCAAUUCCAAACUUUGAAUUACUUACCCCUUCAUUUGUACCAUUUGGUUCUGCUCAGAACGAGUUGAGUAUGGCAGAGAGGGGCAAACUUGCAUUUAGUCCUUCCAACACUUUGAUUUCUUACAACAUCUUGGAAGGAAAAAUGCUGAGCUCACUGUUAAGUUAUAGAGGAAAUGUAACUAUGGGAGAUAACUUUGAAUGUUUGAGUGCUGUCAAAAAGAUGGAGGGUAUUUCUAUGGGCCCUUCUUGGAUUCCAAAUACUUUCAGUUGCCACAUCUCCAAAGCUCCAACAACUCUUUUGGAUGAUUCAGUUCUUGGGGUUGUGCCAAGUGAAAAGAUGCUUGCAGUAACAACCAACACAACUGCCAUCACCAAAAAAUUGAAUCAAAUUAUGGUAAACUUUGAUAAAAUGUAUGAAAAGAGAGCAUUUGUUCAUUGGUAUGUUGGAGAGGGCAUAGAAGAUGAAUAUUUUAGAUAUGGAAGAUCUAUACUCGAAGAAAAGGUUGCCACCUAUGGAGAGUUGAUUUCACAAUAA